UUCCUCGGGUCCUUCAGAAGCAGGACGCGGGCGACACACAUCGAUCAGGCGCGCCGAAGCAGCAGCAGCAGCAGCAGCUGACGCGCAUCUUCCGGCGCCGGCCAGCUCCUCGGCCACCCCGCCGGCCGCGGCCAUGUCGAAGAAGAAGGCGGUCACGACGAUGACGCUCAAGGACUUCCACGGUGGCUCCAUCCCCUCCGAGCUCCCGCUCCCCUCCGCCCCCGGCGUCACCCCGCGCCCCGCGGACCGCACCGUCGCCUCCGCGUCCCCCGGCGCGGCCGCGGUCGCACGGCCACGAGUACCUGUCGCUUCGCCUACCGCCGCUGCGGCGGCGGCCGCGAUGCCUUCCUUCCUCACCAACCCGUCCCGCAUCGGCCGUCACUUCGACGAGGACGAGCGUACCCCUUUCGAGCCCGCCGCGCCACGCCGUCCGGCGCCGUCCCCGACAUCGUACGCACCCGCUCCCGUGGUUGCGCCCACCAGAUCCGGGUCCGGGAACGCGUGGGGCCCGAGAAAGGAGGCCUCUCCGGCGUCUUCCCCUGUGGGUCCUGCUCCCGCCUCCGCCGGCGGCCAGAUCUGGUCCGCGACACGCAUCGCCCAGGCCAGCGCAGUGGAGAAGGUCAUCUCUGGGAGAUGGCACACGUCGAAGCCCUCGUCUCCGCCGGCGCCAGUGACAGUGCCAGCUCCGGUGUUGAUUACCGUGGCCCCGCCGGAGGUUGAGAGGCCUAGGUCUGUUGGGGUGAGAGAGCUGGACAGUGGGGUGGAGAGGGGCGCGGCACCCGUGAGACCCGCGUCGCAUGAAGGAAGAGUUGGUGGGGAAGGGAGAGACGGGGAUACCCCAGAGAGACCCAGGUUGAAGCUACUUCCUCGGUCCAAGCCAAUUGAGGCUCCUGAACCAUCUCCUACAUAUGUUGCAGAGAAGCAGGUGCACCAGGUCCAGGUAACUGCUAACCUCAUGAAGGCUGAGGUUGAUCAUGAUGUGCAUCAGAAUGCAAUGACUGCUAAAACAGGAGUUUUAGGAGCAGAUGCUGAGAGCAAGGUAGCUGAGCGACCACGUUUGAAUCUGAAGCCUCGUUCCUAUGCCACAGGACAAUCUGAUGAAAUGGCUGUUAAGGAAAGGCCAUCCCUCUUUGGUGGUGCUCGCCCCCGUGAACAAGUUCUCAAAGAACGUGGAGUGGAUGUUUUGGCCAGUGAUCUUGAGCGGAUUUCACCAGUUGGCAGGUCUAAAGGUGAAUUUGCAAAGGUCGAGCAGAAGGUUGAAGCUUUGUCCAUUAACCCUUCUCUUGAAAGAGCUGAUGGUUUUUCAGCUGGUCAUAGAGGCCCAAGGAGUGUUGAUAAGAAGGAUUACAGGCGGGAUACUGAGAAGGCUGAUGCAUAUAGGCCUUCUCGUCGGGAGGAUAACAGGAGGGUCGCUAGAGAUAUGGAGAAGCCACAGGAGCAACCACGCCCAGAGCCUGAGACAUGGCGUAAGCCAGUGGAGCCUCCAAAGCCAGAGGUUGCAACACCUCGUUUUGGGAAAGCAGCAACCGCGUUGGAGCUUGCGCAGGCCUUCUCAACGUCCAUGUCUGAUACUGCACCACAGAACCGGUUGACCAGCGUUCCCAGCCCAAGAGUUCCUCUUAGCCCAGGGGCUAGGGAUCAGUCUGGCUUCUCAAGGCUCACUGACAGCAGGACGUUACGCUCCAGCCCUUCCCAGCGAAAGAUAAAUGGCUACUGAUCGCUUGGCACACAUAUUACACGUGUCACGAUGACAGUUGGCCUCGAUGAAGCGCCCCGCUGUAUCUUCAUACUCAACUGCCCCUGCGUGGAGAAGUCCAAUUGUUGCUCUGUCAGAUGGUGGCACGUGAGUGGUGAUAAUCUCAUUGGUAGCAAACAAAAGGCUCCUCUUCCAUAAGUUUCUGGUCAGUGAUUUAUGACUCAGGGUUCAUUUUUCCUCUCUUGAUAACAAAGAUGUGAAUUUGUGGACUAUUUUUUCUUAUGUUCGCCAGCCCUGAUUUGUUGCUGGGGAAUAAUUGCCACCUGCGCAUCUUUUAGUUGGAUGUGCUCUGCCGUGCUUGGUUUUAUGAUGUUGCCAGAUCGGUGGUAUGUAGCCUGCGUCAUAAUGCAAAAUUGGGAUUUUACUGCGAGAACAAAUUAUUGGUCUUGUACGGUUAAAUCAGGAUUAAAGGAUGUAACUUUCAAUCUUGGUUGUCUAGUUUAUAUAAGCCGCGUUUGGAUC